AUGGCGUUGGGUCAGUUACAGCACCUGGAAACCUUGUUCGUCAAGACCGGGUGGCUAUCUGCACAGUGCCAGGCCUUCAACGCAAAGAACGCCCAAGCCAUUGCAAACGGCACCAAGUUCAGGCAAAACCCAAACUUGUACGCCUUGGACACCUUCGUGGUGACUCCUAUGUCCAAGCCAGGGAAUUGCAAAGCCCGUGAAAAGGACAAAUUAGAAACAAUUGCAAGGGCAUGUAGAAUGUCGUCAUCAUUUUCGGAGCUCGUGAAUCCAUUUGGCCUCUUGGUUCAUAGCUUCGUGUCCCACUACUGGGGCCAUGACUUUAGCAGCACCGUGACGGCUCUUGACCUCUGGGCAGAUGCAAAUUACGACAGUCACGACAGAAUGACGUCAGAGAAGCAGUCUUUGGUCUUCUGGAUCUGCCUAUUUGCCUUGAACCAGCACAACGUGGCUGAGGAGGUUGGAGAAAAUCCCCGGCAGGGGCCAUUCAAUGCAGCACUGGCGCAAGCCACUGGUGGUGCAGUGAUGAUUUUAGAUGAGGAAAUUCGACCGUUCAGUCGUGUGUGGUGUUUGUUCGAGAUUUCUCGUUUGAAGGACUUGGACCGGCCAUUCGAACUGAUCUGUAGCGAUGUCCCAACCUGA